AUGUCCAUCACAGUCUGGACAAAUAUCUACUCACAGGGACAGUGUAAACUUCCUGAGCCAGACCAACUGCAAGGGGCUCCCAAUGGCAAGGCACAAUUCUAUCCGGACCUUUACAAUGAGGAGCAGCAAGAUGAAGAACUACCACACCCAUCCGGAUCAGCGUGUCUCGAAGAGCUUGUCCAACAGCCAAUUUCUGACCCAUCAGCACUCUGA